AUACGCGUACUGUGACAGCAAUUUUAAACUUUAAUUUGCGAUGUUUGUUAUUCUAAAUUUACGGUGUCUUAAGCAUAACUAGACGUUAAUAUAAAUUCGCAUAAAAACAACGCCCAUCUCUUCUUGAUUAAUGCGCGGGAAUACACGCGGUUUUGUGACUAGAAAAAUUCAAAUCCGACGAUCUGCUUUGUACUUAUUAGGUAUGUGACAGAUAGCUGCUGGAAGUGCUGGUUUUAAUUAACCCGUACCGAGCAUAACAACGCCAUUGUAACAUUGUGGUGUGGGCAAAAGCAGAUGCACUGAUAAUGACUAUCGCAGAUAACAAUGUGUCUUAUCAUGUACGAAGUAUAUAAAGAUAUGAUUAUUUUAUGUAUGCACGAGCUAUAUACGAUACACACAUAGUGUGUUCCAUCGGAAAUCCGUGGUUUCGUUUUUCCGCCCAUCACAAUAUCGAGCUUGCUUCUUGGACUGGUGCACAAUAUUGUUUUUGCCGUAUAUUCGUCGCGUGGUUUUUAACUGUUGCUGGAGUGACAGGGUGAUCCUAAGAAAGUAUUCACCGUGAAAAAAAAACCUUGUCUGAUUCUCCUGGCAUCUGUAUUCAGGAGUUAAUUGGUUGGGAUGCCUGCAGCCGAGAGGAAAUUACGCGUAUGCGUCAUUGGCACAGGUGCUGCGGGCCUUUGCGCAUUGCGUCACUUGGCGACCGAGCCCGCGGUUUUUGAAUUUGAAGCAUUCGAACAGACUGAUCACAUUGGCGGCACGUGGGUUUAUAACGAGAGCAUCGGAGUCGACGCUAAGAAUCAACUUCCCAUUCACUCCAGCAUGUACGAAAGUCUCAGAACAAAUUUGCCAAGCGUAAUAAUGAACUUUCCUGAUUGGCGGAAGAUGGGCAACGGCGAGAAAAGCUGCAUCUCGCACUCCGAAGUCUUAUCUUAUUUAGAAGAUUACACAAAUCAUUUUGAUCUUCGUAAAUAUAUUACGUUCAACACCAGCGUUGAGACUGUACAACCCAUAUGCAGUGUUCGGUCUACCGAUCCUGCAACCUUGGUUACUUCAUCAGUAGCUAAUCGUCGAAUUUGGAAAAUAAAAAUAAAGGAUGUCCUAAACCGUACCAUAGUGGAAAGAGAAUUCGAUGCUGUAUUUUGCUGCAACGGUCACUUUUUUGAACCGAACGUUCCGCCUAUACCCGGGAUUCAACGAUUUCCUGGCAUAGUAAUGCAUAGCCACGAUUAUCGCAAACCACAUCCGUUCACUGGUAAAACCGUCCUUGUCUUGGGAGCAGCUUCUUCUGGCGCUGAUAUUGGAAUUGAACUGACGGGAUACGCUCGCCACGUAUAUCUUAGCCACAACAAUCCUAGACUGAUUUCGGCUCUACCGGCGAACAUGACCGAGGUGAUGGGCGUAACCGGGGUGGAAGGCAAUCGAUUCAUCCUCAAAGAUGGGACAAGCCUGUUCGCAGAUGCAUUCCUGUACUGUACGGGGUACAAGUACAGUUUUCCUUUCCUCGACGAGACCUGCGGAAUUACAGUUGACGAUAAUUACGUUCACCCCCUUUACAGGCACAUGAUAAACGUCGAACAUCCAACGAUGUGCUUUGUCGGGAUACCACUCGUUGUUGUGCCGUUUCCAAUGUUUCAUAUACAAGUACAAUACUUCAUCGCCUCGCUGAAAGGUAACGUGCGUCUACCCUCGAAGGAUAUCAUGCUUCAGGACGCGUUGUGCAAGUCACCGUUGAAACGACGCGCGCAUCGGCUUGCGGACAAUCAGUGGGAAUACAACGACGGCUUGGCUCGAGACGGGGGUUUUGAGCCUCUUCCACCCUUCUACAAAGCCGGGUAUUCGGCGUGGAAAAUUCAGAGAAGUCGGAACUUGAUGCACUACAAGGAUGCGAAAUUCGUCAUUGACGACGAUGGCGAAAGCGUGCAGAUAAUACCAAACGAUAAUACUGCACCUGUGAUGUCUAGAUAACUGAAGUAGUUGAAACAUAAUUAUUCGUUCAUAAAUAUUUUUUUUUCAAGUCUUUCCAAAAAGAAUUGGUUUUGAUAACGUAUCAAGCACGCUAGGGAAAAUAUAAUUCAUGUACCGUUUCAUACUACAUACGAUGUAGGUACUUUUUACGUACACAUAAUUCAGCGUCACUUUGACAGGGACAGGAACGAAAGCCCGAUUUUAAAUCCACGAGAAAGUUUACUUUCUGGUUGGAUUCGAAUUUAUACGUUAUAUACUGGUAUAAAUGCCGAGCAAUGUAGAUGUUGAGAUUGUUUCUAAUAGGAUUUUAGAUUUCGAUUCUGAUGAAUCCUAAUCGGGAGUAUCUCGCAUUGUCGACGGGAUCAUCGUUAUACGUAAUUGAAGAUUAAAUGAAAUCAUUUCUCACGUCGCAUGUUUUCUCAUCAUCUUUUCAUCGUCUCAUUUCUGUUUUUUGCGAGGAAAGUUGCGAGGCGUUGAUGUAAAAGAAGAUACAACACUGCGAACGUCCACAAUUGAUUGCACUGUACUGUGAUUAUUCGGUCAUCGUCGAGGCGGUUAGUUUUAAAAUCGAACAAAAAAGGUUCUAGUUUGUAGACAAAUGGCCACCUAUUGCCGAAAUUGCAUGAUCUAAGAUAAUGCCUUACAAUUAGUCUGUCUCUCCGUUGCAGUUGCUUUCAAAACAGUACCAAACAGUGUUUUUUCAAAUUUCGGAUUUUAUGAGUAACAUUGCCGCCAGCUUAAGGAAAUAUUGAUCGAUUUUGUACGAUAGUGGUUGACAAUGAAAUAAAACAAAGAAUUUAGAAUCGAAACAUAUUUAUUUAUAACACAAGGACAUCUGUAAUACAAUGAUACCAUAACUAGCUCGUUCAAAAUAUUUAUUUUCAUACAAUA